GUCAAUCAAAAUAGAAAAAAAAUCGACCCGAAUUCUCCGAUCAACACUGGCCGCCUUUGAUUAAAUAAUCAAGUUGGGAGUUUAGUGGAGCCGGAUCUGCCCUCGGAUGCAAACACCAGCGCUAUGGACGUGAACAUUUAGCGCAUCGACGCGCGCCAGAGCCUCGGAAACAAGGAGAAAUGGCGUCCGCGGACGUGGACAGCAGUCAGAGCGAGUUCCUGCAAGCCGGCGGCGGCUCGGCGGACACGCAGACCACAGACAUGUCCUCCAUCCAGCUGACAGGUUCAGAUCGAUGGGAGGUGUUAACUCCUGUCUCGGCUGGUAAGGAAGACCAGGGAGUUGUUCACAUUCCGAACUCUGGGAUCGUCACGUCAAACGGCCAGUAUGUGCUUCCUCUCGGGAAUCUUCCCAGCGAGCCCAUAUAUGUCACCGCGUCCGGGGAGCAGGCCACUGUCAACGGCGUGUCGGGGAUUCAGUACCAGGUCAUCCCACAGAUCCAGGACGGAACCCUGGCGGGGUUCUCGGCGCAGGGCCUGGACGAUGGCAGUGGGCAGAUCCAGCUGCUCCAGGACGGCAGCCAGGGCAGCAUCGGCAUCAGCUGCGCCACCACCGCCACCACAGACCUUCUCUCUCAGGCGGGUCAGGUGCAGUCCAUCCCGCUGGCCGCCGGCUCGGCCUACACCAGCACCGUGGGCCUGCCCGGCAACAUCACCUUCGUGCCCAUCAACAGCGUGGACCUGGAGUCGCUGGGCUUGACGGGAGCCCACACGGUUCCCAUAGCGACGGGGGUGACGCCGGAGGGCCAGCUGAUCAUGAGCGGGCAGACUCUAGAGAACCAGGGUCAAGACAGCGCCACCAAACAGUCGCUAGUAGCUGUCAGUGACUCUGGCGCCAGUCAGGAGCUCUACGUGCCAACAACCACCAACUCCUCCUCCAGCGCCCCCCAGCUGCCCGAGACCAUCGACGGCACGGGGGUCCUGACCCAGGCCACUGCGGUGUCUGCAGGGGUCUCUGACCCCUCCUCCGAGAACUUCAACUCCCAUCACAAUCUGCAGCAAAUCCAGGUUUCCUCCUCCAACUCGGCCACCAUCUCCCAGCCCAUCCUGCAGCUCUCCGGGGACGGCCAGGCGCAGGUGGCGGCCGGCCAGGACAUGACGUCGGCGGGUCAGGCGCUCCAGAGUGUCCAGCUGGUCAACCCCGGGACCUUCCUCAUCCAGGCCCAGACGGUGACGGCCACCGGGCAGAUCCAGUGGCAGACCUUCCAGGUUCAGGGCGUCCAGUCACUCCAGGGCCUUCAGCUGCCUCAGGGUCAGGGUCAGCAGCUGACCUUGGCCCCCGUCCAAACCCUCCCUCUGGGCCAGGCGGGUCUUCCCAACCUCCAGACCGUAACAGUGAACUCUGCGGCGCAAGGCGGGGUCCAGUUCACGCAGGGCAUCCACAUCAAGGAAGAGCCGGACUCGGAGGAGUGGCAGCUGACUGCGGACUCCACGCUGAACCCCAGCGACCUGAACAACCUCCGCGCUCAGAUGGCCGACGACGACAUGGACGCCAUGGGUGGCGAGGGCAAGCGGCUGCGCAGGGUGGCCUGCACCUGCCCCAACUGCAAGGAGUCUGGGGGACGGGGCUCCGGCAUGGGUAAGAAGAAGCAGCACAUCUGCCACAUCGCCGGCUGCGGGAAGGUCUACGGGAAGACGUCUCACCUCCGAGCCCACCUGCGCUGGCACAGCGGCGAGAGGCCCUUCGUCUGCAACUGGAUGUACUGCGGCAAGAAGUUCACCCGGAGCGACGAGCUGCAGAGACACCGGAGGACACACACAGGGGAGAAGAAGUUUGUGUGUCACGAAUGUUCCAAGAGGUUCAUGCGCAGCGACCACUUGGCCAAACACAUAAAGACUCACCAGAACAAAAAGGUCCUGGCGGCGCAGACGCCCACUGACACGCUCAUCACAGCGGACGGGACCACGCUGAUCCUGCAGACCACCACCACCCACGACCUCGUAGCCAACCAGGACAUCCCGCUGCAGCUGGUCACCGUGGCACCCAGUGAGGUGAUGGAGUGAUGGGGGGGGAGGGGCGGGAACUGUCAGAGACUCCUCGGCUUCUUUUUCUGUUUUUUUUUUUUUACAUAUGAAUAUAUAUACGUAAAUAUAUAUGACAAAUAUAUAUAUUUUAAGUAAGAGUUGUCAUGACUUUGUUUUUUGCAGUCUUUUUAUAGGCCAGCAAAAAUACUAACAUUAAUACGUGGUCACGAUGUACACACACACACGCACACACACAGACACAAACAAACACUCGACACAAUGAAAUGCCUUAUUUUGUAUCAUACUCUUGUAUAAACUGCUGGAGGUGCAUGUGUUUUUUUAAGCUUUGAAGAUGUAACUGUAACGACACACGUGUUUGUGGAACACACACUUGUGAUGACGGACUUUUUUUAACAAGUGUCACCAGGAACGGAGCGGAAUGUUCAGAAUCAAGACUCGAAGGUUUUCGUUGGUGACAAGGAUCCAGAGUGUCUUUUUCCUUUUUCCUUUCCAAUCCACGCAAACUCAAUCUGGACUUUAUUUGUUCGUGCUGGUGAUCGUCGGUCGCUGUUGGUGUCAUGGACUUUCAUCAUGAGUUUCUUUUGUUUAUUUAAAUUCUCCACUCAUUUUACUGAUGGAUCGACAUCGUGGUUUAAAAACGGAUGCAAGCCACUUUGAAAAAGUGCGCGAUCUCUUCCGACGUCUGCCGGAGCUGAAUGUUCCUCGUCUGUUUUCGUUCUCACGUCUGUCCGGACAAAGCGUCCGGUGAAUCAACGAACAUUCCAGUCGGACUAAUUCGCUUCUGCAAUACUUCAGACCUGAAAACAAUCAAGGACGUUUGUGUGUUUGAUUUCGACGAUGUACUCCUCAUCAUUUACCUGUAUAUUCUCCUGUGUUCACCGUGUUUAUAGAAGCCAUCACUUAGUUACCCCGACUUGCUUCAAUGUAUCAAACAUUUUAAAUGAUUUUUUUUUUUAAGGAAUUGGUGUAAAAAUCGAAUGUUACCUUUUUGUAAAACCUUUUUUCAAAUGGAUCACAAUAAAGUCUGAAAGCUUCAGUGUGAACGUGUGCAGGGGGUGUGGUCACUCGCUCAGUCACGUGACACCACCAG